AUGGACGAAGCAGCAUCCAGCUUCCGCGCACAGUGGGUCAAUCCAUCAGACUUAUUCUCAAUCCUCUUGAUUAUCGGCGGUGAUGUCAUUCGCCUCGCUCUGGCAGCCGUCACCGGCGGCCAUAUUACUCCCGUCACUUUCUCUUUUGGAUGGGUAUCAGACGCUAUUUCGGCGCUACUCACUGCCCAAAGUGAGGACCGUCUGAUGCCUCCGAGCCCUGACUCUUCGCUCCGGGUAAUCAAUCUAGGCACGGGGUAUACACGGUUCAAUCGGUCCUGGACUUUAGGGCGGGUGUUUCAAAAUUACGAAUUCUGGAUGCCGGCAGAAGUGGAACAGCGACUGCAAAAUCACCCGGUCUUAUAUCAGGAUGAGGAAGCCGGGAUCGCAGACACAGAGACGCGGGCGAAGCUUACGGCAACGACAGAAACAUCCCUCAAUUCUCGCAAAUUUGUGAGCCCCCACCAGGCGCGCCUUUGUGUUGGUGUUUACGAGUGGGCACUGGAUGGACACCAUCAUGUAGCGAAACCUGUUUAUGACUGGGUGUAUUGGCUGGGAAUUGUCGUGACAGUGGUCCAGCUGGGCAUCAGUGCGAUACCGUUUGCCCUGUACCGAGACUGGAGCAUCUUCCUGGUGACAGUGGCCGGGACCAUCCUGGCUUACGCGUCUGGCGCGCUGCCACAGUGGCGGAAGGAGAAAUGGGCGUGUCGAAACUUGGACAAGCGCAAAGACGUAGCGUUGACUCUAGGUAAUGGCACGCAGCAUGUGAUCGUGGUGCUAGGAGCGAAGGGUGGAUUGGAUUUGGAAGACAUGGCUGGGGGGCAGUUCAAUACCACACGCCUGAUGACUUUCUUGUUAGCGGUGCUGUGGAUCCUGCUUCUCCUCAGCAGCACUGGGAUCCAGGAACAUGCGUGGUAUCUACUCGCGGUGGGAGGCACUGGCAUGCUGCAAAACCUCAUCACGGCCGGGGCUCCGCGUCAGCCAGCGAUGUUGGGGAUACCGCUUCGACUGGCUAUGCGUUUGAACGUGGGAAAUGAAGCAACCCCGAUUCCCAUGGUUUUCGCCGAAUUUAAGGUCAUGCAUACGCUGAUGGAGCUCGAGUUAGGCUUCGAGGGGGCUGGUCGAGCUCUACUCCCAGAAUAUUUCCCUGGAGGUGGCUCCCUACAGCCGUGGGAGGAAAGAUGGUGGUCUAGCGAUGAACCGGACAUCCGACGAGAGCUACUACGGGCCGCAAGAGAAAAAGAAUUUGAUAAACAGAUGCGCAGGCCACAGACUUGCUGA